AUGGCAGAGAGGAAGAGGCAGGUGGAGAGCCAAAAACUGGAGGUUUGUGCACUGAAAGGGCUGUGGAAGCUGGAGCACACGGGGCAGCCCGUCCCCACCACGGAAACCCACUGGAUCACCGAGCGCAAUUGGGGGGCCACGCUGGCCUUCGUCUUCGACACCACCGGCUCCAUGUACGACGACCUGGUGCAGGUGACGGACGGGGCGUCGCGCAUCCUGGAGCGCACGCUCAGCAGGGGCACGAAGCUCAUCAGGAAUUACGUCCUGGUGCCCUUCCACGACCCAGAGGUGGGCCCCGCGACCCUCACCACGGACCCCCGCCUCUUCCAGCAGCGCCUGCAGCAGCUCCAAGUCCAGGGCGGGGGGGACUGCCCGGAGAUGAGCGUGGCAGCCAUCAGGCUGGCCGCCGAGGUCUCGCACCCCAGCUCCUUCAUCUACGUCUUCACGGAUGCUCGGGCCAAGGACUACGAGCAGCAGGAGGAGCUGCUGCGGCUGCUGCAGCACAAGCAGUCCCAGGUGGUGUUCGUGUUGACGGGGGACUGCGGGGACAGGAGCCACCCCGGGUACCGCGUGUACGAGCGCGUCGCGGCCACCAGCUCCGGGCAGGUCUUCCACCUGGACAAGCAGCAGGUGAAGGAGGUACUGAAGUGGGUGGAAGAGGCCAUCCAGGCCUCCAAAGUCCACCUGCUGUCCGCGGACCAUGAGGACGGUGGGGAGCACACGUGGCCCGUCCCUUUCGACCCCAGCCUGAAGGAGGUCACCGUCUCCCUGAGCGGCCCGGCCCCGCAGAUCGAGGUCUGGGACCCGGCAGGGAAGCUCCUUGAGAAAGGCCGCGACCUGAAGGAGCUGCUCAGCAUCCCCGACUCGGCCGUGGUGGUGGCGGUGCAGCCCCACGAGCCAGGGAUGUGGCAGGUCAAGACCCAGAGCAGCGGCCGCCACUCGGUGAGGAUCACGGGCGUCAGCAGCAUCAAUUUCCAAGCUGGCUUCUCCACCCAGCCGGACCCCGACGGCAUCCAGCCUGGGGAGCGGCCACUGCAAGGCCUGCCCAUCUCCGUGGUGGUGAACUGCAGCGGCCUGGAGCCGCCAGGACAUCUGCAGGAGAUCGAGCUCUUCAACAGCUCUGGCCAUGCCCUCCUCUCACUGCCCCUGUGGCCCCUCUCCAACGCCUCCUCGGGGCAGCUCUGGGUGGGCUCGCCCCUCCGUGCGCCCCCUGGGGACUUUCUGCUGAAGGUGAAGGGUGAGGAUGCCCAGGGCCACCCCCUGCAGCGCCUCUCCAGUGUCACCUACACCAGCGUGGUCCCCGGCCUGCCCCAGGUGAACAUCUCCAGCAGGAUCCAGGCUUACCGCCACGAGCUGCAGCGGAUCUCCUGCUCGGCGCACAGCGAGCUGCCCUUCCGCCUGCAGCUCAGCCGGGCUGGGGCCAGGCUUGGGGAGGAGAAGCAAUUCAGAGGUUCAGGGAACAGCAGCUGGCUGAUCCCCGUGGUGUCCAAAAGUGACGAAGGGUUCUAUGAGUGCACGGCCACGAACAAGGUUGGGGUGAUGCGGGCUCGUGCCUACGUCUCCGUCUCAGAGCCACCACCGCGUCUCCUGGCUCCGGGCAACGUCACGGCUUCGCCGGGCCAAGACGUGGCGCUGUCCUGCCCUGUGCUGAGCGCUGUGCCCUACAACCUGACGUGGAGCUGGGACGGGAGGGUGGCCCUGCAGGGGGGCGGCAGGGCCAGGCUGCUGCAGAACCACUCGCUGGAGAUCAGCCGCGUGCAGCCGGGGGACGCGGGCCCCUACGAGUGCAUUGCCCGCAGUGCCCACGGCACCGCCACCGCCUCCGUCUGGCUCUUCAUCCAGGAGGCACCGUGGGUGGAGGUCGACACAAGCCCCCAGCGUUUCAGCAGGGGCCAGGAGCUGCGGCUGAACUGCACGGCCGGGGGCUACCCCCAGCCACACAUCACCUGGAAGCUCUGGGGCCGGGUGCUGGAGCAGGACCAGAGGGUUUUCAUGGACUCUCAGGGCACCCUGCACAUCAGGGCUGCGGUCCCGGAGGACGCGGGGAACUACAGCUGCUCUGCCAACAACCUGCUGGGGCAGGAUGAGCAAGCCAUCAGCCUGGAGUACAUCGAGCCUCCUGCCAUCCUGGCUGUGACACCGAGCAUGAAGGCACUGGUGGGAGAAGACGUGACCCUGGAGUGCUGGGUCUCGGGGGUGCCCCCUCCCCAGAUCGCGUGGCACAAAGGUGAGCAGGAGGUGGCGGCGUUCCCGGCGGGCAGCCAGCGUGGCGUGCUGCGGCUGCAGGUGGUGCGGGAGGAGGACGCGGGGCCGUACACGUGCCAGGCUCGCGGCGAGGCCGGCGACGCUUUCGCCAGCACGGUGCUGGAUGUGGGCUCUGCCCCGCACUUCCCCGAGCCCCUGGGGGACCUGGAGGUUGAGAUCGGGGAGAGCGUGACCCUGCUGUGCCGCGCCGAGGGCUCGCCACCGCUGUGGGUGGCUUGGUCCCGGCAGGAUGGGAAGCCCGUGGUGCACCAGCACGGGCUGCCUGGGGCCGAGCUCCUCAUCAAUGGUGCCUCGCUGGAUGACCAAGCCGUCUAUGUCUGUGAAGCCCAGAAUGAUUUUGGGAAAAUCCGAGCGGAGGUCAAGCUCACGGUCACUGGACAAGCCCCAGAAAUAGCUCUGCUACCCGCCGUGGUCCGUGUGCUGGCAGGGCAGCCCGUGUGGCUGCCGUGCGUGAUCCUGGCUGGGCGGCCGCUGCCUGCCCGCCUCUGGCUGAAGGACGGGCAGCCGGUAGCCCCGAGCGGCCGCUUCUCCGCCCAGGUUGACGGCAGCCUGCACGUGGGCCAGGCGUCGCAGGGGGACGCGGGGACCUACACCUGCGUGGCCACCAACGCUCUUGGCUCGCAUCGGCAGGAUGUGACCCUGGUGGUCCACGUUCCUCCCAGCAUCGAGCCUGGUCCUGCCCUGGUCGCUGCCACCGAGGGAGUGGCUGUCACCCUGCGGUGCGAUGCCACCGGUGUGCCCACCCCCACUGUUACCUGGACCAAGGGCACGGAGCCCAUCUCACCAAGCCCACGCUACCACCUCAACCCCAAUGGGACCCUCCUGAUCCCGACACCCUCCCCGGGGGAUGCCGGCACCUAUUUCUGCACGGCCGCCAGUGUGGCAGGCUUCUCCAGCCGGCAGGUGCAGCUCUCCGUCAGCACGAAGCCCAGGAUCAGCGUGAACGGAUCGUGGGGGAUAUCAGCCCCUGUGACCGUCCUGGCUGUGCGUGGGCAGGAGACCACGUUGCCCUGUGAGGCACAUGGCUCUCCCCAUCCCCUGGUGGCGUGGAGCCACGAGUCCCGGCCGCUGCCUCUCUCCUCCGCAAGGUACAGCAUCCUCCCCUCAGGGUCACUACGUCUGGCAGAGCCCCAGGAGGCAGACAGCGGCCUCUACACCUGCACGGCCACGAAUGCCGUGGGGAACGCCUCGGUGCACUACAGUCUGAGAGUCCAAGUCCCGCCACGAAUCCAGCGUGGCCCCGAGGUGCUGCGGGCGCUGGUGGGAGAGCGGCUGGAGCUGCCAUGUGUGGCCUACGGGAACCCUGUCCCCAGUCUGAGCUGGUCCAAAGACGGCCGCCCGCUGCAGGAGGGCGAGUGGGGAGCCCUGGAGGGGGCCCGUGGGGCUGUGAUCAUCGGGGCCGUGCAGCUCUCCAACGCAGGACGCUACCGCUGCAUCGCCAGCAGCAGCGUGGGGCAGGAUGCCGUGGAGGUGGUUGUGCAAGUGCUGGAGCCUCCAUACCUGGACGAUGGCGCAGAGGUCCUGCUGGAGAAGGUUCUCCAUGAGAACGUCACCAUACCCUGUCCGGUCAAGGGGACCCCCACGCCAUCCAUCCUCUGGUGGAAGGACGCAGUGGAGGUGCUGGAUGCUGUGCCGGGUGCUGAGCUGCUGGAUGGGGGCUCGCUCUUCAUCCGUGCCCUGCAGCCCAGCCACAGUGGGGACUACACCUGUCUGGCAGCCAACGACGCGGGCUCUAUCAGCAGCACGACCACGCUGGUGGUGCACGCCCCCCUGGAGAUGAUGGGCAGUGGCUGGGAGAACGUGUCGGUGGUGGCUGGCCAGCCCCUGGCACUGCAUUGCAACGUCUCCGGCACCCCUGUCCCCUCUGUCACCUGGCACAAGGACGGGCAGCCGGUGGGUGAAGCUGGGGGUCCCCUCCUGCUCCGCAGGGGCCAGACGCUGCGCUUUGCCGCGGUCCGCGGCGAGGACACGGGCACCUACACCUGCAGAGCCCGGAGCAGGGCGGGAGAGGCGCGCAGACACUUCGCCCUGCUCGUGCUGGUGCCCCCGAGCAUGCCUGGGUCCCGGUGGCCUCACAAUGUCUCCGUGCCAGAGGGCUCCGAGGUGCUGCUGGAGUGUCGGAGCAGGGGAGUGCCCCGGCCCCGGGUGCGCUGGCUGAAGGACGGGCAGCCUCUCCCCGCGCUGGACCCCCACCUCCAGCUGUUGGAGGAGGAGCAGGUACUGAGGAUCCUGGGCAGCCAGCCCCACCACCAGGGCACCUACCAGUGCCUGGCCACCAACCCUGCCGGCCAGCACAGCAAGGUCUUCCAGCUGCAUGUGCACACUCCCCCUUCCAUCCUGGGCGCCGAGGAGCUGGCGGAGGUGGUGGUGCUGCUGAAUGGCUCCGGCCAGCUGCCCUGCGAGGCGCGGGGCUCCCCAGCCCCCACCAUUGCUUGGUUCAGGGGCCGGCGCCCGCUCCCCUCAGGGACCAGGACCACCUAUGUGAGGGGGGGCCAGGCGCUGCGGGUGAGCGCAACACAGGAGGCGGACGCGGGGCUGUACGUCUGCCGGGCCACCAACCCUGCAGGCACAGCGCACAGGACCGUGAGGCUCGAGGUUUAUGUGCCACCGACGAUCUCCAGCGAGGGUCGCGUGGUGGAGGCAGCAGUGGGCCAGCCCGUGGAGCUGCUCUGCUCGGCCAGCGGCAACCCGUUGCCCACCCUGAGCUGGCAGAAGGACGGGCUGCCCCUGCCUGAGGGUGCCGGGGUGCUGCUCCUUGCAGGCGGCACGCUGCUCCGGGUCCAGCGGGCAUCGGAGAGCUCAGCGGGCUCCUACACUUGCCUGGCCAGCAGCCCCGCGGGCGAGAGCGUGGUGCGGCACAAGCUGCUCGUGCAGGCUCCCCCCCAGCUGCUGAUCGGUGAUGGGGAAAGCCACAUGACUGCUGUUGCCAACGACUCCCUGCGCAUUCACUGCCGUGCCAGUGGUGUCCCCAUGCCCCGGAUACGGUGGCUGAAGGAUGGGCGCCCCCUGGGCACAGAGGAUAGCAUAGUGGUGUCCGAGGAUGGCGGGACCCUGCUGAUCUCCCACGUGGGGCUCGCCCACCAAGGUCUCUACGCCUGCCAGGGCAGCAGCCGGGCUGGGGGGGCCCAGGUGCAGGUGUGGGUUUCGGUGCAAGCGCGCCCCUUGGUCAGCAUCGCGGAGGGGGAUGCCGUCACUGUGGCCCUUCGCCAGCCAGUGACACUCCGGUGCCAGGCCACGGGCACGCCACCCCCACGGCUCGGCUGGAGGAAGGACGGGGUCCCACUGCCAGCCACGAGCAGCCUCUUCCAGAUUGAGAAGGCUGACCUGACCGAUGAGGGUGUCUACACCUGUGUCGCAGCCAACCCCGCAGGGGAGGACAAGCAGGACGUGAUGCUGAAGGUGCUGGUGCCUCCGAACAUCGAGCCCAGUGAGGUGGACCUGGCUGUCCUGGAGAACAGCACGGUGUCCCUGGAGUGCCUGGCCACGGGGGUGCCAGCUCCCGACAUCUCCUGGUACAAGGGGAACGAGCAGCUCGUGACCAGCCCGGGCCGGAUCCUGUCCAGGGAUAGGAAACGCCUGGAGAUCCCCCGUGCCCAUCUUCCCGAUGCCGGCAGCUACCGCUGCGUGGCCUCCAACGCCGCCGGGGACACCGAGCUCGGGUACAGCCUGCGGGUGACCGUGCCCCCACGAAUCACGGCUGGUCCCAGCCCCGUUGUGGCAGUGACGAGCGAGGCGGUGACGCUGCGGUGCGAUGCCACCGGGAGCCCUACCCCGGUGCUGCUGUGGCUCAAGGACGGCAACCCUGUGCCCGAGGAGGUGGCGGGUGGCCCGCAGAUCCUGUCUGGCGGGCGUGUGCUGUCCCUGCCCACCCCUCACCUCCUGGACUCAGGGACGUACACGUGCGUGGCCAGCAGCGCUGCGGGUGAAGACAGGCGCGAGGCCACUGUCGAGGUGCGGUUGCCACCCACUGCCCUGGGCGAGGAGGAGAACGUCUCUGCCAUCGUCAACCAGGAGGUGACACUGCGCUGCCUGGACCCUGGGGUCGACCCGCGGGGGUCCCGCUGGCUGAAGGAUGGGACCUUGCUCACACCAAGCCCAGGGAUGCGGCUGUCAGUGGAUGGGACUGUGCUCCAGGUGGGGCGAGCUGCUGUGCAGGAUGCGGGCAGGUACACGUGCCAGGUGCCCGGCCACCCGGAGAGACACUACAACCUGAACGUGUUGGUGCCCCCGUCGUUCUCCUCAGCAGAGCCCAGCACCAUGUCCGUGCUGGAGGGGCAGUCUGUCCGGCUGUCCUGCGAGUGCCAUGGGAUCCCCUUCCCUGCCCUGAGCUGGCAGAAGGACGGUGAGCCCCUCUCUGCCCACCCCGGGAGCCCGAAGCUGGUGUCUGCAGGAGGGAGGAUGCUCUACAUCGAGAAGGUGCGGCUGGUGGACGAGGGGACCUACACCUGCGAGUGCAGCAAUGCUGCCGGCAGCAGCAGCAAGGAGCAUCGCCUGGGGGUGCAUGUGCUGCCGAGGAUCCGGGGCAGCAGCAAAGCCCCGAGGAAAGUUUCCGUCAUUGAGGCUGGUGAGACGGUUUUGGAGUGUGAGGCCACGGGAACGCCGGCACCCACGGUGACGUGGCUGAAGGACGGGCAGCUUGUGGCCUCCAGGGACGGGCUCUUGUUGUCGGAGCAGGGCUGGAGGCUGCGCAUCGCCCAGGCGGCGCUGGUCCAUGCAGGGCGAUAUGUCUGCCUGGCGGCCAACGCGGCGGGGCAGGAGCGCAGAGAGUUUGACGUGGCGGUGCACGUUCCUCCAAAGUUCAUCCAAGGAUCAGGAUUGACCAGCAAUGUCCGUGUGCCUCUGCACAGAGCCCUGACGCUGACCUGUGAGGCCACUGGCAUUCCCCUGCCCACGGUCUCCUGGUCCUGGAACGGCUCUCCUGUCACCCCCAGCGAGCACAUGCGCGUGCUCUCAGGGGGCUGGAUGCUGAGGCUGCCCCGCGUGCGAGCCCAGGAUGGUGGCCACUAUUCCUGCCUGGCCAGCAAUGUCGCUGGGGAGGCCAGGAGGGAGUUCCACGUGGAGGUCUUGGUUCCUCCCCACAUUGAGGACAUGGAUGAGGAAGAGGCUGUCACGGUGCCCGAGGGCCACCCUGUCACCUGGUCCUGCCUGGCCGCGGGCAACCCCCAACCUGAGGUCACCUGGCUGAAGGACGGCCACCCUCUGCCUGGUGGAGCCACCUCCAUCUCUCCCGACGGCUCCGUGCUGCGCAUCCCCCAGGCUGCCCUGUCUGACGCUGGCCACUACUCCUGCGUGGCCUCCAACCCCGUGGGGGAGCAAACCAAGCACUACCUGCUGAACGUUUCAGCCAGCCCCACGCAUGCUGGAGAUGCCCACGAUGCCACCGUGGAAGAUGUUAUUGUGAUCAUCAACAACCCCAUCUCCCUGCUCUGUGAGGCUCCAGCCUACCCGCCUCCCAGCAUCACCUGGCUCAAGGAUGAGGUCCCCGUUGAAGCAUCGCGAGACGUCCGCCUGCUCUCUGGUGGCCAUGGGCUGCAGAUCCUGAAUGCCCAGGAAGAGGACGCGGGCACCUACAGCUGCAUUGUGGCCGGCGAGGCUGGGGAGGCUGUGAGGAACUACACCGUGAAGGUCCUGGUUCCUCCUUCGAUUGCCCGAGAUGACCCUUCGGGGGAAUUUGCCACGACUGAGGUGAGAACCAGGGUCAAUAGCACGGUGACGCUGCAGUGCGAGACGUGGGCUGUGCCUGAGGCGACCAUCCAGUGGUACAAGGAUGGGCAGCUCCUGGAAAGCGCCGGCCACCUCCGGAUCCUCCACGAGGGGCAGGUCCUACAGAUCAAACCAGCUGGCGUCCCAGACUCAGGGCACUACACCUGUGUGGCCACCAACCCCCUGGGUGCAGAUGACAAGGACUUCAGCGUGCACGUGCAGGUGCCGCCCCUCUUCCAGCACCAGCUGAGCACCAGCGAAGCCUUUGAGAUCCUGUACCGGGAGGAGGACGGGGACGGGGAGGUGACGGAGCACCGCCAGGCUGUCCUCCACCAGCCCGCCGCACUCUCCUGCGACACCAGUGCCAUCCCACCCCCCCGGCUCACCUGGUACAAGGACGGGGAGCCCCUUGCCCCCGGCCCUGGGGUGCUGAUCCUGCUAGGGGGCCGGGUGCUGCAGCUGCCGGCGGUGCGGGAGGAGGACGCGGGCAGGUACACGUGCGAGGCAUCCAACGAGGCGGGCAGGGACCGCGUGCACUACGAGCUGGAGGUGCUGGCUGCCCCGGCCAUCCGUGGUGCUGCGGAGGAGCGGGUUGAGGAGGUGACAGCCACCACCAACAGCACCGUCCGCUUCGAGUGCCAAGCCAGCGGUAGCCCGGUGCCCGUGGUGUCCUGGCUUCGGGACGAUGUCCCCAUUGCGGCCAGCCCACGGCACCAGCUCCUGGAGGGGGGCACAGUCCUGCAGGUGGCCGUGGCAGAGGUGGGUGACGCUGGCAGCUACGUGUGCGUGGCCGAGAACCCGGCCGGUUCAGCUGAGAAGCACUUUGCUCUCGUUGUGCUGGAGCCCCAAGGUGCUGAGGACCUGCAGCAGGAAACACUCAGUGCUGACAUGGGCAGCCCCCUCGUCCUGACCUGUGCAGUCACCGGUGUGCCCGCUGUCACCUGGCUGAAGGACGGAAGGCCACUGGCAAGCAGCCCGGAGCGAGACCUGGUGCCCAGGGGAGGGCAGCUGCAGAUCAGCACCUUGCAGCCCUCCCACCAGGGCCAGUACACCUGCCUGGCACAGGACCGGGGCACUGAGAUGCGCAAGGACUUCUUGGUGCUGGUGCGAGUGGCACCCCGCAUCCUUGGUGCAGGGGUCCCCAGUGAGCACAGCGUGCCGGAGGGCGAUGGGGUGAGGCUGGAGUGCCGGGCAGAGGGGCAGCCACCCCCCCAAAUCUCCUGGCUGAAGGACGGGCAGCCCCUGCAGCUGCAGCCCCCAUCACGUGUCCGGACGUCACCGGACGGCAGCGCUCUGCUCCUCGAGGCGCUGCACGCUGCCGACUCGGGUGCCUAUACCUGCCUGGCACGCAACGGCGCGGGCGAGGAUGCGCGGCUGCACUUGCUGAGCGUGCUGGUGCCCCCCAUCAUUGAGGGAGGUGCCGAUGGCUCUGAUGUGGUCCGGGGCGUCCUGUCCACGGCGGUCACCCUGCGGUGCCGGGCACGGGGGUCCCCUCCCCUGCGCGUGAGCUGGCUGAAGGAUGGGCUGCCCCUGCGCCUGUCCCCACGUGUCACGCUGCUCUCGGCCGGGCACGUCCUCCGGAUCUCCCGCACACAGGUCUCUGACGCUGGGCUCUACACCUGCGUUGUCUCCAGCCAGGCAGGGGUGGCCGAUCGCAGCUUCGUCCUGCAGAUACUGGCACCCCCUGUCCUGGAGAGCCCGGAGAGCAGUGAGGAGCAGGUGGUGGCCAAGGGCUCCGAUGUCACCCUCACCUGUGAAGCCAGCGGGUCCCCAACACCAGCAGUGACCUGGCUGAAGCUCAGCAAGACCCCGGCGCUGCCGAGCAAGCAGGUGGCCGACGGCCCACGGCUGAGCCUGGGGGCUGUGGGGCCGGCUGAUGUGGGGGUGUACGUCUGUGUGGCCUCAAAUGAGGCUGGGGAAGCCAGCAAAGCCUUCAGCCUCCUGGUGAUGGAGCCCCCCCAAAUUGAGGAUGCAUCCCACCCCACCGAGAUGUCUGUGGCCGUGGGCACCCCACUGGAGCUGACCUGCGUGGUGGUGGGUAUCCCUGUGCCUGCCGUCACCUGGGAGAAGGACGGGCAGCUGCUGGCAGGGCCCUGGCUCUCGGCGGGGAACGAGAGCACGCUCCGUAUCAGCAGCAUGGAGGUGGCCGACUCCGGCUUGUACACCUGCCUGGCCGCUAGCCCCGCCGGGGAGGACAGCAGGAGCUUCCACGUCAGUGCCCGAGCCCCUCUCAGCACCACAGGCACCAGAGAGACCCUCAGCAUCACCGCCGUGCGGGGGGGGCAGCUCACCCUGGAGUGCCCUGUGGACGCUGUGCCGCCCCCCCACAUCGAGUGGCACCGGGAGGGCUCCCCGCUGCAGGGGGAUGCCCGCAGACAGACCCUGGAUGAGGGCCGGUUCCUGAGGAUCCAGGACGUGGGGGCAGCAGAUGGCGGGGAGUAUGUCUGCAGGGCUGGCAUGGUGCUGGGGGACAGCAGGCAGAGCUUCCAGGUGGAAAUUCAUGUGGCCCCACACAUCCAGCUGGGCCCUGAGGAGAUGAAUGUGCCCAUGAACGGUUCAGCCACACUGCCGUGCCAGGCAGCAGGGUGGCCCGUGCCCCGGGUGACGUGGCGGAAGGAUGGCCAGCUCCUGUCCCUUCGUGGGAGCAGCAGGUACGAGCUCCUGCCCGAUGGCUCCCUGCAAAUCGACCCUGUUCGGGUGCAGGAUUCCGGCUACUACCUCUGCGUGGCCUCCAGCCCUGCUGGCUCUGACCGGCGAGGCCUGGACCUCCGUGUCCUGGUUCCUCCUGCCAUCGCCCCUGGCCCCCCCAGCCUCACCCUGCUGGCCCAGCAGCCGGCUUCACUUGCCUGUGACGUAUCGGGCUCCCCUGCACCCCGGGUCCGGUGGGAGAAGGACGGCCGCCCUCUGAACCCACACCUCCUGCCCGGUGCAUACAGGGUGCAGACCUCGGGCUCGCUGCUCAUCACCAGCCCCAGCCCCCGGGACGAGGGGUGGUUCGAGUGCAUCGCCACCAAUGCCGCCGGAGAGGCGCGCAAGGUGUUCCUUGUGUCUGUCCACGUGCCCCCCACCAUUGCCGAUGACCUCACAGAUGUGGCUGUCACCCGGCUGUCCCCUGUGGUCCUCACCUGCUAUGCCUCCGGUGUGCCCCCACCAACGGUGUCGUGGAGCAAGGAUGGGGCUCAGCUGGGCAGCCGAGGGGGCGGCUACCGCGUCCUGCACACAGGAGCCCUGGAGAUCAGGCUGGCACUGCCUGCACACACCGGUCACUACACCUGCACGGCGAGGAACACCGCAGGCACUGCCCGAAAACAUCUCCGGCUCGUGGUGCACGAGCCCCCCACCUUGAAGCCCCUGCCCGGCAUGGUGAUGGUGAUGGUCAACACCAGCGCGGUGCUGUCCUGCGAGGCCAGCGGGAUCCCCCGGCCGGAGGUCACUUGGCAGAAGGACGGUGCCAGCAUCACUCGAGGGCCUGGGCUGAAGGUGCUCCCCAGCGGGCAGCUGCACCUCCUCCGAGCCUCCGUGGCAGACGCUGGCAGCUACCUGUGCGUGGCUCGCAACCCCUCGGGCACUGCCAUGGGGAGGACCAGGCUGAUUGUGCAAGUGCUGCCCUGUGCUGCCCGUGGCAUCCCUGAGCCCCGCGUGUCCUGGAGCCGGGAGGGAGCCCCGGUGCAGGACCGCGGUGGGACCGUCACCAUCCUGCCAUCUGGGGAGCUGCUGCUCCGCCACGUCCAGGAAGGUGAUGCCGGCAGCUACUCCUGCACAGCGGUGAACUCGGCAGGGAAGGCUGUCCGCCGGCUCUCCCUCAGGGUGCACGCCUUGCCCACCUUCACCCGCCAGCCGGGGGACGUGGUCCUGAGCCAGGGUGAGCAGCUGGAGCUGGUGUGCGAGGCCACGGGCAGCCCCGAGCCCCGCAUCUCCUGGAUGGCCGACGGGCAGCCCCUCACCGAGGGCGUAUCAGGGCAGCGUGGUCGGAGCACCCUGCGGCGGGCGGCAGCCACCCACGCCGACAGCGGCACCUACGUGUGCCGUGCUGAGAACAGCGCCGGCACCAUCAGGGCCACCAGCUUGGUCUCCGUGACAGAGGCACCCAUCGUGCGGGGGGCCCCCAGCACCUACCGAGUCGAGCCCCCCGGGGGUGAUGCUGUCCUUGACUGUGAUGUUCGGGGUCACCCUGCGCCCUUCAUCCGCUGGAGCAAGGAUGGGGUGCCGGUGGUGGGCAGCCGGCGGCUGCGGCAGCUGCAGAAUGGCUCGUUGGCCAUCCGCAGCCUGGGGAGUGCCGAUGCGGGGCAUUACCGGUGCGUGGCGGAGAAUGAGGCAGGCACGGCAGCGAAGGUGGUCACCCUGGCCCUGCAGAGUGCCCCCGCGGUGGCGGUAACACCACGGGCGCUGUCAGUGCGUGCCGGGCAGCGGGUGCUGCUGCACUGCGCGGUGUCGGGGGAGCCCACCCCGUCCGUGGAGUGGCAGCGGGAUGGGGAAGCACUGCCGGAGGGGCCCCGUGGCCGCAUCCUGCCCAACGCCACGCUGCUGCUGCCUGCUGCCAUCCCCCGGGACACGGGCACCUAUACCUGCAUCGCUCGCAAUGCCCUGGGCUCCGCUGCUGCCCGCACCUCCCUCGUGGUGCAAGGGGAGCCACGCCGCAUGCGGGGCAGCCUGAUCGGCAUGAUCAACACCCAUGAGUUUGGUGUUGCCACCCUCAAUGCCAGCGUGCUGGACGAGCCGCGCUCCGGCACCACCGCCAUCCGCACCAGCAUCAGCGGCGUCCCACGGCACGUCGGGCCACUGAUGCGGGUGCUGGUCACCCUCAUGGCCCCCGUUUACUGGUCCUUCACGCACGCCGGCGGCGAAGUCCCCAGUGGGAUCCUGCUCACCUGGGGCGUCUUCAGGCACAAGUCGCAGGUGGAGUUCGGUACAGGUGAUCUCCUGCACAUCACCCACCUUGCCCGGGGUGCGGAUGCCAGCGGCACCCUGCUGCUGGACAGUGUGGUCAGCGGCUCUGUGCCCGAGAGCAUCGGCGAGGCCACGCUGCUGCUGCAGGACUUCAGCGAGCGCUACGUGCAGACAGGGGAAGGGAGGUUCAGCGGGGGCUCGGUGCAGAGCUUCCUCCAGGACGGGCGCCUCGCCCGUGCUCGUUGCAACCACACCAUCGAGUACGAGCCCACUCCUGGCCCGCAGCCGCAGCGGGUGCAGCACAUCCAGGCCAGGGAGGUCCAAGCCUCCUUUGACCCAGACUCGGAGGAGCUCAGCUUCCAGCUCAGCACCUCCCUCGAUGCAGGAGACCGGUGCCCACCCGGAUUUGUCCUGGACCCUCAGCAGCUGCACUGCCUUGACAUCAACGAAUGUGCCGAGGGCUCCCACGCCUGCCGCUACAACCAGAUCUGCGAGAACACCAUGGGGACGCAUCGCUGCGUGUGCCCCCGCGGGUACCGCUCCCUGGGCGCUGCCUGGCCCUGCCUGGACAUUAACGAGUGCUUGCGGUUUCCUCCACCGUGCGCCUUCGAGUGUCGCAACCUGCGGGGUUCCUACGAGUGCCUGUGCCCCCCCGGCACGGCCCUGCUGCCAGAGGGCAAAUGCGGUGCAGCAGGGACAGGAGGGGGGAUCGCAAGCAGCACUCCCUGGGACCCUCUCCUGCGCUGGCUGGGGCCAAGCAGCCGCCUGCGGGGCCGCUCAUACCCGCGGCUCACCCUCAGCCGAGUGGCGAAGGCUGCGGGGCCGGAUGCCCGGGGUCCCUGCCCCUCUGGGUUUGUCAGGAGGAACGGCACCUGCACCGACCUCAACGAGUGCCGGGUGCCGAACCAGUGCCAGCACGAGUGCAGGAACAGCGAGGGCAGCUACCGCUGCGUGUGCCCACCUGGCUACCGGUUGCUGCCUGAUGGGAAGACCUGUCACGAUGUGGACGAGUGUAGGGAGGGCACGGUGCGGUGCGCCUCUGGCCAGCUGUGCUUCAACACGCGCGGAGGAGCCCGCUGCGAGGACGCCCCGUGCCCCGACGGCUACUGGCGAGGCUCCAGCCCUGGGGUGUGCUUCAGCCACUGCGCCCCGGACUGCGGCACGGCCGGCCCCGCCACGCUGCGCUAUGUGCUGCUCCCACUGCCCCUCGGCGUCCCCACUGGCCGCGACGUGCUGCGCCUGGCCCCGGGCAGUGCCCUCGGUGCCCACACCCUCUUCACGCUGCUGGAGCAGGAUGGGAGCAGCCCCUUCGCCCUGCGUGCCGAGGGGGGCCGAGGCGUCGUCGCCACGAUGCGCCCGCUGCACGCGCCCGGCACCCAUCGCCUCCGGGUGCAGGCGCUGACCCCAGGAGCGCGGCAAACGCGCAGCAUCUUCCUCGUCAUCAUCUCCAUCUCGCCCUACCCCUACUGA